CACACAGUAUUAGUUUAUCGGGAUUUCUUAUAAGACUCUGACGUGAGGAUUUCGGCUUCUUUGCUCUUUCUUCGCGGGGAUAAGUGCUGGUUAACCUCUCCAACUGUGUUUACUCUAAGUAUUAUUAUAAUUAAAGGACACGAGUGAGGACACAGCAUGCUGUCGUCCCUGAAGACCCUGCUGCUGUUCUCGGUCCUGUGCACACCGACCUCCAGCCUGUGCCUCCGCCUCUACCAGACGCGCCCCGACCUCCUCUGCGACGACCAACUGGCCGUCGGGGUCCGGAGUGACCAAACUGAACCUGGUUACUCCACUGUGGACGGCUGGGGGUCCCUCUUGCAGUCCGCGGAGUACCUCUCCUCCUCGUCGUCGUCGUCCUCUUUCUCCUCUGCUGAAUCCAGUCGGGAAAAAAGGACUUCAAGUCCCGCAAACUACCGCUUCUUGAGCCGGACCAAGCUCAGGGGUCAGAUGCUCCGCAACAGCAACAAAGGGGACCGGAGGAGCAGACUGACCCUGUCCCUGGACGUCCCGACCAACAUCAUGAACGUUCUCUUUGAUGUGGCCAAGGCCAAAAACCUGCGAGCCAAGGCGGCGGAGAACGCGCGUCUCCUGGCGCAAAUUGGACGGAGGAAAUGAAAGCAUGGACAACUUUCAUUUAACAGACAGCCAUGACCAGUGUUGGCCUCUCAAAAUCCAAUAAAUUAUUUCUUAUUGUUAAAGUAAACAUCCAUUUGUUUUUCCGAGGGAACGACGCU